AUGAUGCGGUGCGGUGAACCGGCGAAGAGUCAGGUGGUGCGCGAGACCAUGGAGCCUAUACUGGAGGCCAACCGGCUCCCCAUCACCUCAUGCUCCUCCCUCCUGCAAACCACCCACCCCCCGGCCCUCCCUUCCGCCCUCAAUUCCCCCCUGCAGGCGACGUGUCAAGUGGCGAUGAGUCAGGUGGUGCGCGAGACCAUGGAGCCGAUACUGGGAGCCAACCGCCCUACCUACCAUGACCUUCCACACCUCCUUCAAACCUCACCACCCCUCCCCGUUUCGCCCUCUUCCCCUCUCCGUCACACCAUCCCGGAUCAUGUGGUUUCUCAGGCGACGAGUCAGGUGGUGCGCGAGACCAUGGAGCCCAUACUGGAGGCCAACCGCCCGUCCAUCGUGUCGUCCAUGACCUUCCACAAGUUUGAGCUGGGCAAGGACCGCGAGAAGGCGCCGCACAUCGAAGGCAUCAAGCUACACAAGACGGGCGCGGAGGAGGACCAGGUGAUCAUGGAUCUUCUCAUCUACUGGCAGAGCGAUGCCUCCAUCAUUCUCAACAUCAAGACCGCUGCUGUCACGCUGCAAGUGCAGGUGAAGAAUCUGGUGUUCCAGGCCACGCUGCGCCUCAUCUUCCAGCUGGGCGAGCAGAUGCCCUGCAUCGACGCUGUCGUCGCCUCGCUGCUGCGCAAGCCGCGCCCCAAGGUGGAUUUUGUGCUCAAGGCGGUGGGGGGAUCGCUGGCCGCCAUUCCAGGGCUGGAGAAGCAGAUUGACAACACGGUGGCAUCGGUGCUGGAGUCGGUCAUAUUGUGGCCUGAGCGCAUUGUUGUCAAGCUCAACCCGGCCUUUGAUGAGAAGCUGCUGGAGAUGAAGUACGAGGGAGAGCUGGUGGUGACGGUGGUGCGGGCGGAGGGAGUGAAGAACGUGGACACACUGGGCAAGUCGGACCCGUACACCACCAUCUGGCUCAACCCGAAGCACAUGGCCAAGACGGGCGUGUGCAAGAACAACCUCAACCCCCAAUGGAACGAGACGUUCCUGCUGCCCGUGGAUGACCCGCACACCGCGGAGCUGACCAUCAAGGUGGAGGACGAUGAUGUGAUGCAGGACUCGGACCUGGGGUGGGCGCUGUUCCCCCUGGCGGAUCUGAUGGACAAGAGCGAGCCGUACCAGGUCACCCUUGACCUGCUGCCCCGCCUGCACGACGACAAGCUGCUGGGCAAGGAUCACAAGCUCGGCCGCAUCACUCUGCUGCUGGCGUAUCGUGAUUACUCAGACGAGGAGAGGGACAGCGUGACCGCGGCAGAGAAGGCACGUGAGCCGCGCAUAAAGGACCACAGCGUGCCGGCCGACCAGGCCACCGCCGCCAUGGCUGCCGCUGCUGCCGACUCCGAGCGCCGCGUGCGCGAGGCGGCUGAGCGCGCCCUCAUGACCCCCAAAACCCCGCGAGCAUCCAUGGCCCGGCGCUCGUCUCAAGUGGGGCAGAAGUCUAUUAAGCACCGCGAUAGGGAGGGCGCUCUGCAGGUGUCCUUAGACCAAGAGGCAGCAGACUCAGCCGCAGCAGCCGCUGCCACAGCAGCAGCAGAGGCGGAAGGGGAUGCUCCGCUCUCCCCUGCGCUGUCACCUGGCGCUGAUGGGAAGCCCAAGAGGAGGAGUGGGGCGAUGGGGUUCAUGAGCAAGGUGGGGCAAAUAGGCAGGAAUGUGAAGUCGGGCAUUGAGGGAAGCCUGUCGCCCAAGGAGCACCACUGA